CACAACUUUCUGUCUCUCUCUCUCUCUCUUCAUCCUCACCUACGCUCUCCUCUCUCUUUAAUUUGAAUAUCUUGAUCAACUUGCAGACGCGCAUUGUAUUUUUGUUUUCCAUUUAUCACUGUUUGUUACAAAACCCACCAAAGCCAAAACCUUUAGCUCUCCAUCUAAGAUUUCAUCCAUUUUCUUAUUCUCUAAUGCCCUUUUGAUCAAUCCAUCAUUCCAGUAUGUAAGGUUUGAUGUGCGUGUGAUGGUUUUCAUGGGAAAACACCGGCGACAUUGUUGGAAGCUGGGUCUAGUUGUGCGUUACUUUUGGUGAAGUUAUUCUAAUUUGAUUGCUAGUGGUUUGGUUCGGAAUUCUGAUGAUGGUCGAGUACUAUUUCAUGGCUGCAACAUUGCAUUUUUUUCUUUUUGCUUAUUUCAGAGGAAAACUUUCUUCCUUCUAUCAAAUGCUGAGUGCCACCGCAGAAAGCUAAUAAACUGUUUCCUUUUUGGAUUUAACUUGGGCUAUAAGCUGAAGGCCAUCCAAAAUGCUUUCUGGGAUCAAACACAAGUUACUCAUUGGUCGAUCAUGGGAGAAGUUAGAUUCGUUAAAUUACCCUCUUAAACUGUAAAAUAAUGGGGAGCCUGAGGGAUGCACACAACUGUUGUCUUAGGCAGUUAUCUGCAUUUGAGUGAGAUCAUCAGGCUGCCUAAUAUAUAUGUGUGUGUGUGUGUAUAUAUGUGUGUGUAUAUGUAUAUGUGUGUGUGUAUGCAUAGAGAUUAUCUAUGAUUGGAUAGAAUUUCCAACGUUAUCAUACCUCAAACAUAUGAUAGAACUAUCUUUCAUAAGAGGUUGGAAUCACUUGGAGGGUAAUCAUAUUUUGGCUAGAAUAUAUACCGUUUGUAGUUUUUAUUUUGAUUACUGAGUGUUAGGUUAUUAGACUGUAUAUAUCACACUUCGAUGCCAGGGAGGUAGGCACUUUUUACAGGGUACGCAGGUGUUGUAUCUGAGAUUGACUUUAAUAGGAUGUCUCAAUGUGAUUUCUUUCAUCAAUGGACAAGAAGAUACAUACAAAAUUUGGAUUGGUAUAUUAAAUAAAAGAUCAUCUUAGAAAGCUAAUGUUAAUGAAGGGGACAAUUUUUAAUAGGUUAUUUGUUUUUUGUCAGUUUAUACUUGCCAUCUUUUGACUAUGAAGCCAGUUCAACGACCCAAGCCUACAAAGUUCCACCUGGCCUUGUUAAUUAACUUUCUUUUUGCUUUUUUUAUUUUCUGGAUUUUCGUUGGCUUAUUUAUUUGUGCCUAGUCAUAGCUGUUCUAGCAUAGCUAUGCAUCAAAUUUUCAUUUUUAAGUAAGUGCAUACAGUCACACUGUCAUUUCUUUUGAUCAAUUGAUAUUGAGCCUGCUACAUGUAUUGGAGGCUUCUUUUUAUAUUGUCAAUUCUGCCAAUAUAUUCAUCUUUCUGUAAUUUCUUUGACAAAUUUAUGUGGUUCCUCUUGUUCCUAGUCCUAUGAGCAGAGGACAACUUAAUAUAGCUGUGUUUAUGUUUAAAUAUUGUAAUGAAAAGGGUUUAUACAUGGCUUCAUACAAGAUGAUUUUACUCAAUUUGAGUGCCACAAUCUUAGAAAGGGGUUGUGCGGACCACUCAGGCCUUGAAUGACUACAUGUGUUUCUUACGUAAUUUUUUCAUACUUUGUUUUCUCUAAUAUUCAUAGAAAUUAGACCUGAACGUGGUUUGAAAACCUUUCAUAUGUCAAUUCUGUUAAUCAAGAUUUGUUAUGGUUUCCAUAUUCAAUUUUUAUUUCAUUGAUUUUUUUUCUCUCUCAAUGCAAACUUGUACAUAAUAAUAUUUGUAAACUUGCAAAGAUUUGUUGUUCUGUUCAUUUGGAAGUGUAAAUUUCAUUUUAUUAUCAAGGUAUUUUUCUAUUCAUAUAAGGGAUAGCCUGAUAAUGGAGUUGGGAGAUCAAACAAGACAUUAUCCAAAGCAAUCAAUAAAGAUCUUUAUUUAAAUUGCUUGCUGAAAAUUUGGAUAUUUACAAUACACAAUGGCUUUAUUUUAUCCAUGUAGUUGACUCCAACAUCUAGUGAUGAUAUUUUUGUACAUGAUCAGGGUAGCGUGAAUAAGGAUCUGCAUCCAUAAAUAACUAACUAGACGAAUCUUUUUAAACUAUUGUGUUAACUUUUCAGCUUUUAAAAUGUUAAUGAGUAAUUAUCUGUCUGGUGGAAUGCAUUUGAAAAUUGUUUAUCUUUUGGGCAAACUGUUCAUAUUAUGCUGGGGUGAUUUCAUUUUGCAGGAUGAGAAAUUCUCAGUUGUUCGAUAUAAAUGUGAAUUUGAGAGCUAAUCAAUUCUCCGAAUGUGUUUUCAAUGACAAAUGCAUAUGUUUUUUUGCUGGUUGAUGUGCUAUGUUUGCUUUCAUAAGCCAUUGAGUUUGUAAAUUUGGUGUUAAACUGGGUUUGAUGGAUGCCCUGAUGUGUCUUUAAUCAUAUCAAUGGAGCAUCAGGGGAGGAUGAUAGCUUCACCCAAGAAAGAUUCAUGAAAUGGUUGUUAGUGCUUUGUCUAUAGAUGUUAAUUCAAAAAUAUAAUAUUAUGUUUUUGAUCCACCUAUAGUCAACACCAAGGGAUAAAGCGGGUUUCCUUCUGUUGUUUGAAUAAACUGGAGACUUGUGACUCAAUAAGCUUAACUAGUUAGUCUAUUUUAACUGUUUGGUGGAAGUAAAAGAGGAAAAUACUAUGUAGAAUUUAGUUAUUGCCUUUGUGAUUGAUUAUUUUCCACCCACAGGGCAGCUGGUGAUUGCUUUUGCUAGCAUGGCAUCAAGUAAUUUAUUCUUUGAUGAUAUACGGAGCAAAGUUGAUGUUGAUCCUCCUCAAAAUGAAGAGUCAACAGAUGUUGGUGAAUUAGUAAAUGAUCCUGGACAAACUACACUUAAACCUAAUGGUACUGUUUCAAGCAGUGUUCGUGAGCUUUUAGAGUGCCCUGUAUGCUUGAAUGCCAUGUACCCUCCAAUCCAUCAGUGUUCAAAUGGUCACACAAUAUGCUCUGGUUGCAAACCCAGGGUCCAUAACCGGUGCCCUACUUGUAGGCAUGAGCUUGGCAAUAUCAGAUGUCUGGCACUGGAGAAAGUGGCUGCAUCUUUGGAACUUCCCUGUAAAUAUCAAGGUUUUGGGUGCAUUGGUAUAUAUCCAUAUUACAGCAAGCUAAAGCAUGAAUCACAAUGUGCAUAUAGACCUUACAACUGUCCAUAUGCUGGUUCAGAAUGCUCUAUUAUGGGUGAUAUACCCUACCUGGUGGCUCAUCUGAAAGAUGACCACAAAGUGGACAUGCACAAUGGUAGCACUUUCAACCAUCGCUAUGUCAAAUCAAAUCCACAUGAAGUUGAAAAUGCCACAUGGAUGUUGACGGUCUUCAGCUGUUUUGGUCAGUAUUUUUGUCUACAUUUUGAAGCUUUUCAGCUUGGAAUGGCUCCUGUCUACAUAGCCUUUUUGCGGUUCAUGGGUGAUGAUAAUGAAGCAAAGAAUUAUAGCUAUAGUUUAGAGGUAGGUGGGAAUGGGAGGAAGAUGAUUUGGCAGGGUGUGCCAAGAAGCAUCAGGGACAGCCACCGCAAGGUUCGUGACAGUUUUGAUGGUCUCAUCAUUCAGAGAAAUAUGGCCCUUUUCUUUUCUGGCGGUGACAGGAAGGAGUUGAAGUUAAGGGUUACUGGUAGGAUUUGGAAAGAACAAUGAAUGGAUAGGAGAUGAUGUCCUUCAACUAUCAAUGAUAUUUAGGCCAAUAGUUUGUAGUGCAAAGUCGUUUCUUGUAGUGAUAUGUACCUUCUGGUCAUGUAAUUGUCUUUUGCAACUUAGGAGGCAAACUCUCUUUGCUUAUCCUCACAUCAAGUACAUGAACAGGAAGUUGUACAUCGUAUCAUUAUGAUAAUAGAGAUGUAGAACCUUAAUUUGCUCUG